AUGUCGAAGACAGCAGCCAAGUUGGCCGAUGCCAUGAGCCGCAGAGAUGUGAUUUUUGCGAUGGUUGAUGCAGUGGAAGAAUUUAUUGCGCAGUAUAACGGAGAUCGUGAUCAUCGACAAGUUCCAGUUCGGAUGGAAACUUUAGACAGGCGUAAUCUGGAGUUUGCCGAAGCCCAAACUGACAUCGAACGGAACGACGAUCAGGAGAAUAAGAAAUCCCAUUUAGAAGAACGUGUGCAGUUCGAGGCCCGUUAUUGUGAAGCGAAAGGUUUUUUGCUCUCUACCAGCCCCCCAGCAGACGCAAAUCAAUCUUCAGUGUGCAAUGCAACCUUGCUCGGUUCUGUUCCCCCUUCGUUCCAUCUCCGCUUGCCAAAAAUUGAUCUCCCAAAGUUUAAUGGUGACUUUUCUCGUUGGCUGUCGUUUCGGGACACAUUUUCUUCAAUGGUUCAUUCAAACGCGAACAUCCCAACCGUAGCCAAACUGCAAUAUUUGCUGCAAUGUUUAGAAGGAGAAGCACGUAAACCUUUUGAGUCAGUUGAUGUUGAGGCCAACAAUUAUGGGAAUGCCUGGAGUACACUUCUCAAGCGGUACGAUAACCGAAAGUUAUUAAAGCGACAGCUAUUUAAGGCCAUUUACGAUCUCCCACCAGUAAAUAGAGAAUCACCAGAAGAUUUGCACAACCUGAUUGAUGAUUUUGAUCGACAUGUAAAGGCGAUGGCGAAACUAGAUGAACCCGUUGAACAUUGGGAUACCCCACUUCUGAAUCUUCUCUCCUACAAAUUAGAUCACGUAACAUUGCGAGCUUGGGAAGAGAAGACCAGCGAAAAUGAUGACGUUAAAUACACCCAGAUGAUAGAGUUCCUUCAUCAGCGAGUUCGUGUACUCAAAACAGUUAUGCCAGCUAAACUCCAGCAAUCGGAAACGGCCAAAUCGAUUGGUUCGAAGUACACUUCCAAGAAGAUGGUAGCAAACACAGUUGCAGCAGGGGCAAAGCCCACCUUUCCUUCUUGCGUCGCCUGUAAAGAAAAACAUCUGUUAUUCCAAUGCCCAAGGUUUGAAAGUUGGCCCGUUCAUCGUCGCCGUGAAUUAGUAGCAUCUAAGCGCCUAUGCUUCAACUGCUUCCGAUCAGGUCAUGUUGCCAUGAAGUGUGUAUCCAAGUACACUUGUCGAACAUGCCACGAAAGGCAUCAUUCUUUACUACACCUUCCCUCGUCAUCGAAGUCUAGCAUACAAUCCAUUCCACAGUCCAUACAACUCCAAGCCGCACAACCUCAAGCCGUACAACCACAAGCCGUACAACCAUCAGGCCUACAAUCGACAGCGAUAGAACAGCCUGGCACUUCAGCACAACAUGUUAGCCUAUCCGUCCAAUCGUCAAACAGCACAGUAUUACUACAAACAGUGGCGCUGUUAAUUGUUGAUAAGCACGGAAACGAGUUACCGGCCCGUGCGCUAUUAGAUUCCGCCAGCAUGUGUAAUUUCAUAACGAAAAAAUUAUCGAAUGCACUUGAUCUUCGUCGAAAAACAGUUGACAUCGCGGUUUCAGGAAUAGAAGAUUCUGCGAAGCAGAUAAGAUGUCAAUUAACUGCAACGAUACGUUCACGAGUUUCUCCAUUCACAACCAGUUUAGAGUUCCUAGUUCUCAAGAAACCGACAGCAUGUUUGCCAACAGUGCCCGUUGAUUUCUCCCAAUGGAGAAUGCCUGAUGUUACGUUAGCCGAUCCAGCAUUUAACAUCCCUGCCGACAUCGAUCUUGUUGUUGGAGGCGAAGUUUACCACGAAUUUUACAAUGGCAGCAAGAUCUCUCUUGGCGAUGGAUUACCAGUUCUCGUCGACACUGUGUUUGGAUGGACGAUAUCCGGGUCGGCACCGAUUAAAUCAAAUCAAGUCCCUCUAGUGUGUCACCUUAGCACUGUUGAUCGUGAUCUUGAACAAGCAGUGCAACGUUUUUGGGAACUCGAAUCUAUAAUACCGUCAUCAUUGUACACAAGUGAGGAGAAGAAGUGCGAAGAAUUGUUUAUCACUACCACCACUCGCGAUUCGUCCGGUCGUUUCGUCGUUCGACUGCCACUCGCGUGUGACCCUCAAGUAACCAUUGGCGACUCCCGUGCUAUCGCUGAACGUCGCUUUCACAGUCUUGAACGAAGACUGUACCGUGACCAGCAAAUCUGUGAAGACUACACCAAAUUCAUCGAAGAAUACAUUCGGCUGGGCCAUAUGACCAAACUCGAUGAUCCUGUUGAUGAUUCUUACCCGCAUUGCUACCUUCCGCAUCACCCUGUAUUCAAAGAAUCGAGCACCAGCACAAAGAUCCGUGUAGUCUUCGACGCAUCCUGCAAGACGUCGUCUGGUUUUUCAAUAAACGACCUGCAGUUAGUUGGUCCAGUAAUUCAAGACGAUUUGCUGUCGAUCGUCUUACGUUUCCGCAAGCACCCAAUAGCCCUUGUAGCAGACAUCGAGAAGAUGUAUCGCCAGGUGAAAUUACAUCCGAAUGAUUGCGUCUUCCAACGAAUCCUUUGGCGAACCGAUCCCCAAGAUCCCAUCCGCACAUACGAACUCCAAACAGUUACGUACGGUUUUGCCUCAGCACCAUUUCUGGCCACCCGCGCACUCCAACAGGUGGCCGAAGAAGAAAGCGACAAGUAUCCCGUGGCAGCAGCAAUAUUUAAAAGCGACUUCUACAUGGAUGACUGCCUUACAGGUGCAAAUGAUAUUCGUUCAGCUAUUGAGCUCCGCAAACAAGCAACCGAUUUAGCCAAUUCUGCCGGUUUUCCAUUAAAAAAGUGGGCUUCCAACGAAUCAGCUGUCUUAGAAGGAAUUCCGCUAGAAGAUCUAGUCGUUUCGCCUGUUCAUAGCCUUCAAGAUGAGCAAUCUGUUUCAACUCUUGGUCUUGUGUGGGAGACCAAAACCGAUGUUCUUCGCUUCCGUGUACAGUUGCCGCUACCUGCAGCUGUGCUGACUAAAAGGAAAAUAAUGUCCUAUAUUGCCCAGAUCUUUGAUCCUCUCGGGUUGGUGGGUCCUGUAAUCACAGUUGCCAAACUGUUCAUGCAGUUGUUAUGGUCGCUUAAAACCGAAGAAGGCAACACAUACGAAUGGGAUCGUCCACUACCGCCGCAGUACCAGGUUGACUGGAAAACCUUCCACGGGACGCUAGACACCAUCACCACCCUCAAGGUUCCACGAUUCACAUCAAUCGCCCAGGCAACGUCGAUCCAGCUGCAUUUUUUCUCAGAUGCCUCUGAGAAGGCGUACGGCAGCUGCUGCUACAUGCGCUCCGAAUGUGCCGGAACAGUACGAGUUUGUCUUUUAACAUCGAAGUCGAAGGUAGCACCCCUAACCAGUCACCACUCUAUCGCCCGCCUAGAACUGUGUGGAGCAGUUUUGUCGACUACGUUGUAUGAGAAGGUUUCACGUGCUCUCCAGGUUACCGCUGACGUUUAUUUUUGGACAGAUUCCACCACCGUUCUCCAUUGGUUACAGUCCACCCCGGCACGUUGGAAGACCUUUGUUGCGAACAGAGUAUCCGUGAUUCAAAACAAAACCGAUAUCAAAUCUUGGAAACACGUCCCCGGUGUAUCAAACCCCGCCGAUGCCUUAUCACGUGGAAUCAGUCCAACCGAAAUCACUGACCAUCCACUCUGGUGGACUGGAGCUCCAUGGCUUGCCUUGCCAACGAAGGAUUGGCCUCAAACAGAACUAUCAAGUGCUAAAACAGUUUCCAUCCCCGAAGAAAGAACACCUGUAGUGUCUUUAGCUGUAUCCGAUCAAACAGAAGAUUUCGCCUCUAGAUUAUUCGGCUUAUACUCCAGUUACAGCAAAUUACGCCGCACUGUCGCCUACUGUAUGAGAUAUCUACGUGCCGUGAAGGCUGUUAGGCGAAACGAGAGACUCGAACCAUUUCAGUAUCUGGAAUCUACCGAUUUGAAGGACGCAGAACAAGCUUUGUGUCGUCUAGCUCAGAAGCAGCACUUGUCCGAAGAAAUAGCCAGCCUAGCUAAGAGCGGCCGUGUUUCUGCAACAUCGCCAUUGAAAUAUCUACGCGCUAGACUCGAACCUGACGGCAUAAUCCGACUCCGUGGUGUUCUGAGCAAUGUACACCUUCCUGAUCAUGCCAAACAUCCAAUAGUUCUGCUUGCUAAGCACCCAUUGGCGAGCAUGUUAGCCGAUUACUAUCACCGAACUCUGCUCCACGCCGGCCCGCAGCUCAUGUUAGCAACAAUUCGCCAAAGGUUCUGGGUCAUAGGUGCACGUGAUUUAGCCCGUCGUGUUUAUCACCAGUGCCAUAGGUGUUUCCGCAGUAAACCCAAGAUGAUUGAGCAGAGCGUAGCAGAUCUUCCAACUUCCCGAGUUGCUCCAAGACGACCAUUUGCAGUUUGUGGUGUUGACUACUGCGGCCCAGUGUACAUUAAAUCCCUGGUGCGGAACCGAGGUCCAACGAAGGCCUACAUAGCAAUUUUUGUUUGUUUCACUACCCGAGCUGUGCAUAUAGAGCUGGUUUCAGACCUGUCAACACCAGCUUUCAUCGCAGCCCUACGACGUUUUGCCGCUCGAAGGAACACACCACACGAAAUCCAUAGCGAUAAUGGAACAGCUUUCCGAGGUGCCCACAACGAACUAAGACGUAUUCACCAGAUGUUGAAGUCCGACGCUGAUGGUAGAAAACAGAUUCUCGACUGGUGUGCCGAAGCAGGUAUAUGUUGGAAGUUUAUCCCACCUCGCUCCCCCCACUUUGGAGGAUUGUGGGAAGCAGCGGUUAAGUCGGCAAAACAUCACUUGCUCCGGGAGAUUGGGCAAACCAACAUCACGUACGAAGACAUGACAACAUUAUUAACAGAAGUUGAAAUGUGUUUAAACUCAAGACCACUCAUCCCAAUUCCAACUGAGCCCGACGACAUAGAAGCUCUUACGCCUGGACACUUCCUAGUUGGAGGAAGCCUGCGAGCACCACCCGAUGAAGAUGUUGCUGAAGUUCCCGAUAACCAUUUGACACACUGGAAGCUAACCCAAAAAAGGUUCCAGCGUAUAUGGAGGAGAUGGUACCCAGAAUACCUUCAGCAACUACAAUCCCGAGCAACGAAGCACCAGAAGCCAGCAACUGUCAUCCAAGAAGGAAGUAUGGUCGUAAUCCACGAUGACUUGUUGCCACCCGCUCAAUGGCCGCUUGGUAUCGUCAAGAAACUGCACCCCGGUAAGGACGGCGUUGUUCGAGUGGUAACGCUACGAACCGGAAAACGAGAAGAUGUAAGGAGAUGUGUCAACAAGCUGGCCCUGCUUCCAAUGCCAGAUCCGCCAGCUGAACAAUGA